AUGUGUAACACAUGCCUUGAGAUUCAUAACAAAUGGCCGCCUCAUGUCAAGCAUAGAGUUGUGAGAGUAGAAGACGUCAGAGAGGGAAGGGUGGUCAUUGAAAAAGAGAUUUACUGCCAGGAACACAAAGCAGAUGAACAAAAACACAUGUGUACUGAUGUGUGUAUAACAUGUAAGAAGUUCAUCUGCAUGAGAUGUAGAUGGCUGAGUCAUGAAAAUCAAGGCCACACAGUUCAGAAUACUGAGGAAUACAAUGCUUCUACCGAGAUACAAAUUGUAUCUUUACAAUCCCGAGUUGAGACGAAAGUUACAACCAUCAAAAAUCACGUGACCUGCAUUAAAAAUCAGAAGGAGCGUGUCACUGAUCACAUUGCCGGCAAAAAGGCUGAAAUCAACAAGAGUUAUCAAGAAUCACUCAAGAAAUUAGACGAGAGGAAAGCAGCAUUAGACAAGCAGUUGGACGCUCAGGAAGAGAAAUUAUGUAAAAGAUUGGAUGAGAUGCAAGAUGUGGAUGAGAGGUUGAUCGCAAGUAUUGAGAGUGCGAGUGUGUUAGCGGGUAAUAGCAUGAAUGCACCAUUAGAAGGUGAUAUCAUUGUUAUUCGUGAUACGUUGUCUGGUGCGCUGAAGAAUGUACUAGAUAGGGAUGAUCCAAAGGAGAAGCUUGCUACGGAUGUAGCUGAACAUGCAGAGCAACUGAUAUUCGCACCUAACAAUCAAUGGGAUCAGUUAAACAUUGGUCAGGUGAGGUUCGUGAAAUAUGAGUUGGAAUGUGAUGGAGAACUCUCUAAGAAAGGCCAAUUGAAUGGCAUGGCUGCUACACCCGAUGGAAGAAUGGCAGUGGGAUACAUCACAGGAGGAAUCGAUAUCUUUUCUACUGAUGGUCAGCUGCAGAAGACAGUCCUCAAGGAUGUCGGUAUCCGUAGAUUAGGAUUCCUGUCUGAUGGUCGGUAUGUCGUACUGAAUAGCAACAAUGACGUCACACUGUACACAGAAGAGUCAGAGAAGCUAGCUAUAACGUUUGAUACUCUGGGUAAAGAUGAAAGUAAUGUGAUUGGUAGUCUCACUGUAGACAGUAAUAAUCUGAUAUGUGUUGGCUACUUGGUUGCCAAGAUCCAGGUGUUCUCACCAGCUGGUGGGGAGGCGAUUAAGGAGAUACCAUGCAAUGGGUGUGUGGAGAUUACUAGUUAUAACGACUUAUUGAUCACUGAAAGUAGUUUCAAAGUAAGAAUAAUUGACAAAGAUGGCAAUGUAAAACACAAGGUAGAGAAAUUGAAUGUUUACCCAUCCGCUGCUGUGACUCACAGUAAUUCAAUCCUGAUCGCUUGGGUCAAUCAUGGCGAUGGGCUGGUUAGUAUCGAUGAGUACACCAGCGAGCUGAAACACGUCCAGACUAUCAUCUCUGAUCACAAGAUUGAGAAGCCUCAGAGAAACUGUUCCUUAGAAUCUGGUAUCUUCCCAGAAGCUGCUCACGAGGCUGUAGUUGUACCUAUUAUCAAGAAACUCAACUAA